CACCCUUUUCAUUGAAACAAACGAAGAUUUAUGCCGUAUAAGUGAGCUUCGAAAAGGGGAGUUGGAUGAAUUAUUCUCGAAAUGAACACGUUCGGGAAUUCUCCUGAAAUUGUCAGUCCGUAUGCUUCGUGCUUUUUUCAAUUUGAGGUACAGUACUCAGGUGCAUAAUCUUAGGAUAAGCCGCAGUCUGCCUAAUCUCCUGACGACCAAUUGGAAAUGAAUGCUCUCACUUUAGACUUGAAUUCUGCGCUCUAAACAACUUGGAAAAAAGUUUUUAGCGUCAUGGAAAAAUUGUAUACACAUUAAACAUCUUUAUCGUUAGCUUUGGCCUGCAUGGAUUUACUCUGAAGCUGCCUGUGUAAUAAGGUACAGGCGCGUAGCUGUGUCUACUGGUCGCAUUUGGGUCUGCAGUACAUUCUAAAAAAAAAAAAAAAAAAAAAGGUCAUUGGUAAAGAAUAGGAGUAGUUCUGUAUUUAAGAUGCCUGAAAAGAAAACCUAAAUAAAGCCACCUGCUUUCCAUAUGGAUAUACUUGGUCGGUUGGAAAGCAUUCUGAUUCAAAUAUAGUUGUAUUUCUAUAUUUAUUUCAAUUUGCUCUUUUUGUUUGUUGGUUUUUGGAAAAAAAAAAAAAAAAAAAAAAAAAAGAAAAGUUCCUGAGUACAAUAGUGGCAAGAAGACUAUUGGCUAUUUGAUCGUCUCUCAUCGCACGGAGGCAUUCCAUCAAUACCCUCAAUUUCAUUUGACCCUGAAAAGACCAAAAUCAUUAUCUUUCCAUUCUUUGCGAUACUAAUGUGAUUAAUGAAAAUGUAAACGCGUGUUCAACUGACAUAUAAAAGUCGGAAUAAUUUUGAAUUCGUGACGCCGGACAUUUAUUGUCAGUAUAAAUGAUUUGGGAUUGGGCAACGGAAUAGUAUUUAUCGAAGUUCAUAUUUGGUGACGUCGCGGUUUUGGAUGCUGACGCAGUCGCGUGUCCCGAUAGAAGAUAGACGGACUAUAAUUAACUCGGGCAGACUUGAGCUCGGGCAGACGAUGCCGAAUGUCCCCUCUAGGAUUUGCGGUACGGCGUUACACAAUCGGAUAAAGGUUCCGCUGUCAAAGGACAUCCAAUGGCGGAAUAAGCCGUUGUGGUCCCACCGCCAAAUAGUUUCCCCGGGAAAAGGCUGGGUGAGCUUUGUGGGCCCGAGCCAGUUUGUGCCCACCUGCCACCAUAAAGUCAUCCGGACCGGGAAACGUCCCAUCCGUGAGUGGAGUUCACCCUGCGCAAAAGAUGGCAGACAAGGUGCUCUACAGUGCACCGAAAGUCGCCAACCGGCCCCCGGCAGUCCCGGUGCUGCCCCCCGAACCCAUCGACAUCAUCCGCGUCAAGGCCCGAUCUCGGAGGGUCAGGCUCAAUGUCGGAGGUCUAACACACGAGGUUUUAUGGCGAACGCUGGACCGCCUGCCCAGAACCCGUCUGGGACGGCUAAGAGACUGCAACACCCACGAGUCGUUGCUGGAGGUCUGCGACGACUACAGCCUCCCUGAGAACGAGUAUUUCUUCGACCGCCAUCCUGUGGCCUUCUCUUCCAUUCUCAACUUCUACAGAACUGGGAAACUGCACAUGAUGGAGGAAAUGUGCGCCCUGUCUUUUGGCCAGGAGCUGGACUAUUGGGGCAUCGAUGAGAUCUACCUGGAGUCGUGCUGCCAGGCGCGCUACCACCAGAAGAAAGAGCAGAUGAACGAGGAGCUGAGGAGGGAGGCGGAGACUCUGAGAGACAAGGAAGGGGAGGAGGAGGAGGAGGAGCUGGGCUGCUGUCCUGACCAGAGGCAGAAGCUCUGGGAUCUCCUGGAGAAACCCAGCUCAUCUGUGGCAGCAAAGAUCCUGGCUAUGAUCUCCAUCCUAUUCAUCGGUAUUUCCACCAUUUCAUUGUCACUCAACACUUUGCCAGAGCUGCAAGUCGUGGAUGAAUUUGGCCAGUUUAAUGACAACCCGAGCCUCGCCCAUGUGGAGGCAGUAUGCAUCGCCUGGUUCACUAUGGAGUACUUGUUGCGCCUGCUGUCAGCACCCAACAAGUGGAAUUUCAUCAAAGCACCGCUAAAUAUUAUUGAUUUGCUGGCUAUAUUGCCUUACUAUGUGACACUCUGCCUCACUGAAUCUAACAAGAACGUAAUGCAGUUCCAGAACGUGCGCCGUGUGGUCCAAAUUUUCAGAAUAAUGAGGAUUCUGAGGAUACUGAAGCUGGCCAGGCACUCCACGGGACUCCAGUCUUUGGGCUUCACUUUGCGAAGGAGCUACAAUGAAUUGGGUCUACUGAUCCUCUUCCUAGCCAUGGGCAUUAUGAUCUUUUCUAGCUUGGUGUUCUUUGCUGAGAAAGAUGAGGAUGCCACCAAAUUCACUAGCAUACCUGCCUCUUUCUGGUGGGCUACAAUUACGAUGACCACUGUGGGUUAUGGAGACAUCUACCCACAAACCUUGCUGGGGAAGAUUGUUGGGGGGCUCUGCUGCAUAGCCGGUGUGUUGGUCAUUGCGCUUCCCAUCCCAAUCAUUGUCAACAACUUCUCUGAGUUUUAUCGAGAGCAGAAGAGGCAGGAGAAGGCCAUCAAGAGGAGGGAAGCUCUUGAAAGAGCCAAACGAAGCGGAAGUAUCGUUUCUAUUAAUCCCAAAGAGGCUUUUGCACGUAACAUGGAACUCACAGAUGUGCUGAUCGAAAAGACGGAAGAAAGUAAGUGUCCAGUGGACAACCACUUGUCACCUAGCCGCUGGAGUUACCAUAAACGCUACUCCAAUGCAGAUUUAGGCAGCCCGGGCCAGUCAAAUCUCUCGUCUCUUUACCAGGAAGUGGGCUCACCUGACUGUCCCAAGCCCUCGACAAACAAAGCCAGCCCUCAACACCUCAACAUUAAGACCGUAGAAUGUGCUUUUGACAAGAAAACCCUUUUCCAGGAGAAGCAAGAAAAACUUAUCGAAGAAGAGGUGGGGAUGGAUGUGUUGCAGCACCCCCAAACCCAAGAAACUUCAUCCGCCAGAGGUGCAAGGACAUGCAACAACAUGGCUGAGGAUUUUUCAGGAGAAAGACGAGAAAAAAGUUCUCUGAUUCCCAGUGUUGGCGGUAGUCAAAGUAGUGCAAGACAACUGUGUGCACCCCCUCCCUUGGAUCUGAGUCAGAUUAGUGCAGGGGAGAUACAUAAGACCACUGACGGCGCCCAACCAGUGACAAUUAUAAAAGAGGGGCUGUACAGGUUUGUGUCCGCCCCCAACGUGAACACCACUGCGGACAGCACCUGCAGCACUUCCACAGAUUAUGGCAGCCUGCAAAAGACAAUAGACCACAAGGUUGUCCUCACCGGAAGCCAGGAUGACGCGCUUAUGGGAGUGAUGACACCUUUGGCCACCCCCGCUUCUGCUGGCACAGCCAAGCUCUCUCAGAGACUGUCAGACGACAAGAUUUCCAGAUUUUCAUCACGGCUCAGCUCUGGAACACAAGACACUAAAUCCCCACUGGCUCUGCUACAAUCUCCAUCCCUGGUUGGGCAAUCUGUUAGUCCAAGCAACUCUCAGGGGGAAGGUGAGGGCUCAGCAGCCAAGAGAUUAGAGGGUGAAGGGCAGCUCACAGGCUUAAGCCACCAGGGGAAGAGUUCUACUGUCGGCUCAGGAAGCUGCACGAGCCCUCUGCCGAAGACCAACCUGCGCAACUGUUCCCAGGAGCUGGUGACUAUGGACGGAAGGGGAAGGGAGGCGGCACCUCAGGUUGGGGAGAGGCAAGAAAACCAUAUACUAGAUAGAAGUCUGGCACCCUCCAAUGAAACUAGCAUGUGAGCCCAAAUGUACAGGGCUUAAUUCACCGAGGUGGUAGGUUUACUGAAAGUUACCAUCAAUCUAUGGACGGGAUGAACUUCUGUCAUAUCCCUCUCAGUACUCUACUAGUAUGGACUAUUGCCUGAUCUGGUUGUAUCUCUGAAUAUGAGGGACGUAGGACAUUCCUGUAUACUGCCAGUGUACAAUCUAAAGAACAUGGUCACAAGAAAGUAUUGUAUUUAUUUUUACAUAAACACUUGGCACGGUGGGCGACUGGUUAGCACAUCUGCCUCACAGUUCUGAGGACCGGGGUUCAUAUCCCGGCCCCGCCUGUGUGGAGUUUGCAUGUUCUCCCCGUGCCUGCGUGGGUUUUCUCCGGUCGCUCCGGUUUCCUCCCACAUCCCAAAAACAUGCACGGUAGGUUGAGUGAAGUUUCUAAAUUACGAACGUGAGUGCGAAUGGUUGUUUGUCUCUGUGUGCCCUGCGAUUGGCUGGCGACCAGUUCAGGGUGUACCCCGCCUCUCGCCCGAAGAUAGCUGGGAUGGGCUCCAGCCUGCCGCGACCCUCGUGAGGAUAAGCGGUACAGAACGUGGAUGGAUGGCACUUAGGGCUCUAUUUUUGUGAGUCCGGAUUCCGAAGUGGCAGGCAGGGCAAAUCUCCGCGGAGGCUGGUUCGACCAGGUUUUUGUGAUUUGGCAGACACGCACAAAAAUGGCAUAUUUAAAAAAUGGUGGCCUGCGCCGUGGUGGGAGCGAACACAGCCGAUUUUAAUUCACCGCAUCGAAUCGGCGCCUCUCAUUCCCUUUAAAUGCAUCGCAAUGACAGUCUCGCAUGGAGACGUGUGAAAUCGAGACUGGAGCCACCGCUCUUGGCUGCCGUGGCAACAGAUAACAUGAGCGGGUACCCUUAUUAAAUACAGAAUGAGCUGGUGAUAAACCGCUGGCGACUUCAAUAUUUCCCCGGACCUCAUCAAAAUCUGUCUGCCUGCGCCCCGAUCAGAAUCGCUUUGGACCUAGGAGUCUACCUAUUGCGCCGGACUUGUGGUCCCAGCAGGCAAACGUUUAGACCGACUUUUCUGCCACCAAGUAGUCGCGUGCGCUGGGUGGCCGUCAAAGGACACACCCUUGUAGCGCCGGUACGACUAGCUCGGUGCAGACCGGUCUGCCAAAUUAGCAUACACGCACAGCGAGCCUUACACUAGCAUGAAGAUCAAGAUAUGCAUCCUGCCACAGAUGCAACGACAAUGAAAAUAGAGCCCUCAGAAACCAUCAUCAUUGUUGACCACCGAUGACUCGCACGUGAACAUAAACAAAGCUGCGAGUGAAUGCAAAGGAAAUUUGUCAUGCACAUGUAGCAAGAGUUUCUAAAGAGUAAAGAUAGAUGGGAAACUGCACAGACUUAAUAAAUAGCGUGACAAAAAGUAUCACUUUGGAGGGACAACUCAACUUCAACUCUGCCGGAGUCCCAGGUCUGAGGCUCCUGUCAUAAAUAGUGUCAUAACAAAUCAAGGGGCCUUGACCCAUUCCAGAGCCCAUCACUUACUCACUCGCGAGCAAGUGCACUUGCGCAUGCGCCGAAACAAUUUGGUCUCUAUGAGACUUAUGUUUGUCUUAUGUUAGUCUUUCAGUUGGUGACAUCUGAAAUUGGUGUGUAGGCCAAGAAACAUAAGCAAUGAAUGGCCCAGUGCUCUGCCCAACGUUUGCAAACACUAUUAUAAUAUAGUGUCCGUUGUAUUGUCUUAUUUUCUCUCGCAGUGGAAUGCUGAUGCCAGAGUCUAUCCGAGGUGCUAACCAAGGCUUCGGUCUCUUACAAUACACAGUGAAUGCAUACUGUCGGUUGAGGGGUAAGGGUUAAACUGUUGAUUAGACAACGCAACGCUGCUAAUUGUGAACAGAACUUCAGUCAUUCGUGAAUCUGAAUGAGUUUGACGGUUCAAAUCACAAAAGGUCGGAAUUCAUCGGGAUGAAUUUGUAUGCGUUGUCUCAGUGCACCUUUAAACAAUAUCCACUCGAUGUUUUUACAAACUCAUCGAGCCAGACUCGAACAAAGGAGCGCCAAUGUUUUGUGGAAGUCGUUGCAAGUUUAGCCAAUUUCUCUGUAAGUCCCGUAAAAGGCUACACCCCAACACACGUUUUUAUUAUAUGAUUAUGUGAACGUGCGAGUAUGUGUGUUUUGGGGUUAUUUUCAUUCGAAAGAGUUCCCCCUAAAGGCACCUUAGGGGCAACUGAAUGAUGGCAUUUUCACAUCUCAUGAAUGGUUUUUUUUUUGGGAUGCAUCGCAUGUUCGAAUGAAUGCAUGGCUGACAUACUGUAUUAUCCGUCAGAUUCACUUGUAUGGACAAAAUGUCAUAGAGAAAAAUGUCAUAUCGUUGGAGCAUUGGUACGAGCACACGAAACAUGAACCAUGAAUUGUUUUUGUAAAUACAUACCCAGUCUAUGUAGAUUGACACAUCUCUUUUGUGUGUGUGUGUGUGUGUGUGUGUGUGUGUCUAAUAACAGUGAUUGGCUGCAUUUUUAUAAGACAAUGGCGCUGUAUGUUUGUUGUUGUUGACAUCUAGAUAUAUUUAAACAUGGGGUGCCUUUUCAUAAAUAGACCAUUUAUGAGAAGGUGGAAGCAAAAAACAGUAUACUGUACAGUAGGGAGAUUUUCUCUUUUUCUUGUUUAAUGGACACAUUAUGUCGACAUGCAAAUCGUCUCGUUUUGUUGAACUUCAUUGUACAGUACUCCGCAUAACCUCAUUUGUGUCUCCGAGUUUGAUAAGCUUCAAACAGAUUUACCACACCAUUGCAAUUACAACGUGGACAGUGCAGUGCAUUUAAAGUCCACCUUUGAUCGAAAUCUACGGCUCAUACGGUCAGUCCUGAGUAGGUGUCCUUGAACUGCAGCAUCUAUAAAUACAUCCAAUAUGGUUAAGAAGUUUAAUUAUGGGAUUAAAAAGGAAAAAAAAAAUCACAAUAUCAACUGAUGACCUCAAACUUUUACACAACCACAUUUCACCCCCCCCCCCCCCC